AUGGGCGGCAUCGCCGAAGAGUUGGCCCGAGAGGGCGCCAACCUGGUUUGCGUCGAUGUCCGCGAGGAGUACGCCGAGAAAUGCGCCGCGGCCAUUGUUACCGAAGGGCGUGACGCCAUCGGCGUGGCCUGCGACGUUACCGACGAAGACCAGGUGCUUGCCGCCGUCUCGAGGGCCACGGAGCGGUUUGGGGGUGUGGACAUCCUGGUGAACGGCGCGGCCCAGUUCAACUUCAAGGGCGUGUUGAAUAUGCCGGUUGAUGAGUGGCGCCGCCAGACCGACAUCAUUCUGACCGGUGCGUUUCUGUUCACCAAGCACGUGGCCCACUUGAUGAUCCAGCAGGAGCGAAAAGGCAACAUAAUCAACAUCAUUUCCACUGCUGGACACCAGGGGGAGCCCGGCAACGUGGGAUACGGCACAGCCAAGGCAGGACUGAUUAACUUCACCCGGUCGGUGGCCAUGGAACUGGCCCGGUAUGGCAUCCGGGUCAACAGCCUUACACCGACGGCCACCGGUCAGUCGGAAGGACUGGAGAGGGCCGCCAGGUGGGCGUGUGGAGGACUGGCCGGGGCCCCGACUGGGACAACGCGCUUCGGGACUGCUGCCGGACGCCAGCCGGGGCGCACCGCUGCUCAAGCUGCCCAGCCCGUCGCAUUACGGCAAGGCUGCGGUCUUUCUGGCAUCCGACGAUGCUGA